AUAUCCCUCUGUAAUAUUCAAAGCUUGGGACAGUCUUUUUUAAAUAAUGUGCAAAAGCCAAACAACCAGAGUGUGUUUUACAGGACUGUUCAUUCCCACAUGAUCCUUAUUUGAAGUGUGAGAGUAAACAAAGUGGCCACGUUUCAUAUUGACAGACGAGGACUCACCCCGCGAGGGCCUUGCCUGUGGUUCUGCGGGGCAUGCUGCUGCUGGACGUUGUUUCCUCGACCUCGUCUCCUUCCUGCCAUCCUGGGCGUUCUGCUGCCGUGUCCCUGCAGUGGCCUGUCGCUCCUUACAGGUGAUUCAAGUCGUGUGCAGGGGGCUGCUUGUAAGUAUACUUCCCAUGGGCCGUCCUGCCUGUUACCUGAUGACGGGAGAACAUUCUGAGCAAAGUUCACAGCCUCUCUGGUGAAGGCGUUUGGAAAUGGAGAUUGCACUUGUUAUCAAUACUGAACUUUCGAGGAUUGUCCCUUUCUUCGUUUGGUAUUGCUGACACUUGUUUAUUUCACAUUUUUAGCAAACUCUCCGUGGGACAGUCCAGGUGGGAGUUAAAGUGAAAAUUCAUGUUUCGAAACAUUUCUCACAUUUCCUUCGAGACUGUUGAUGUGUAUGGAGUUAAUAGUGUAUGGCCCGGAGCUUUCACAAUUUGCAGCCUUUGGAACCAAACACUGAAGCACAAUGUGUCCCGACAUUUCACUCAACUGUCACAACUUACCCACAGUAAUGCAGCUCGGGUACACUUUCAAAUCAAUAACUUGUCUCUGCAUGUCAUAGCACAUUUACUGUUUAGCACCAGCUGCUACUUUAUCAUACACACUGUUUACUCUGUAGCACCAGCUACAGUUUGACCCUGUUGUUAAAAGAUCUACACACAUGUCUAAGACAACCAAAUCCUAGUAUAUAGUCUCAAAUGCAUAUGCAGAAAGGCUUUAAUGAUAGUAUUUAUUUGGAUAUAUAUGUUAAGUGAAGAUUUUUUUGCCGUAUAAGCAAAAUCAAUCGUUUAAAUGUUUCAAAUAUUACUCUAGUGGAUAAAAGUGAAAUUAUAUUUGUGGUGCCCAGAGGAUGAAGCUACUGACUCCCCCAUCAAGAACACUGUGAGGUUGUCAUCUGGGGUUUUAGGUCUCCACAGCAAAUGGAUGAAUUCCCUUUCAAUUUAAUACAGAAGUUUGUGAGUUUGUGUAACUUUGGUGUUGCCUUAACAUUUCAUAUAUAGAGUCGUUAUCAGACCUCUUAAAAUGACAGAUUUUUUCAUCAAGAUUCAUGAAUAAUUUCCUGAGAAAUCAACGAAAAUGCUAAAUGAUGAGUUUUUUAAAUCCCCACAUCCGCCAUCUGAUCCGGAUCCGCACCAACAUUUAAUGGGAUCUUCUCUGAUCCAUCUCACAUCCUUCCAUCCAAUUUCAUGAUCAUUUGUUUAUUUAAGGCGUAAUCCUGCCAUUUAACAGGGAGGCAAACAAACAGACAUCAUCUUCUCAGUACUGGGGAAAAGGAGAGGGUGGUGGAAUUUAAAUUUAAAAAAGGAAGGGCUGUUCCCUCGCUUAAUCAAUAACAACCACUAUAAUCAACAUGCCAAUAUUUAUGAUCAACAUAACAAAGUAGUGAAAAUACAGCCACUUGUCAUCUGUGUAUACAAAUAUAUAUAAUCUUUGAUAUGUUAAUAGUUUUUUCUAAUACAGUAAAUAACAGAUAGUAAGACUGAAAUAAAAUUCAAAUCUGAAAAGUUAAAACUCCUUCCCUGCUCUCCCAAUAAAACUCAGACCUCCCUCCCUCCCUCCCUCCAGCCCUCUUCCUGCUCCUCCUCCUCCGAAACCCCCUCCCCAUUCGUGAGUCUUGUACAGUACUGAUCACUGUCUAAAUACAGCCUCAGUGAAACACAUGGCUGAUGAGUUUAGUGAUGGGUGUGUUCAUAGAAGAUACUUCUCAUACAUUGUCGUAAAGGUUGUAUAAACACAAUGUCAUCAUUGUUCUGUAAUGUGAUGGUCCACAAUUGCAGAAUAUAAAUAAAACAUUUGUAAAGAUAAAAAGAACUAGUUUAUUUUCAUUUUAUUUUCCACCAAGGAGGUUACGUUUUCACCCUUGUUUGUUUGUUUGUAAGCACUAUUACGCAAGAACUGAUUCCUCUUACAUUUUGUAAAUAGGUGAGACAUAAAUCAAAGAAGAACCGGUUUUGGUGUGGAUCCAGAUCAGGGUGUGGAGCUUUCUUAAGUUUCACAUAUUUCCCAGAAAAUUAUAAAUGAAUCUUGAUAAGGAAAAAAAACAUCUGGCACAUUUUUUGAACUGAUACUUUGAGUUUGUGAAAUUUGGUGCAGCUUGAUGGAAUGUAAGGGACUGUUUGGUAUGUGCUCUGCUGAGUGCUGUUCUAGUGACUUAUUGCUUUAAACAGUAAUCAAAAAUAAAAGAAAGAGUCGUUCCAGAAUGAACUUGCAGGAAACACCGGGAGUCACUGGAGCAUUCGGACCCUUUCUAGAAAAGUUAACAGAAAUGUCCUUCACGUGUUUCACUUUCGUUCUAACUUCUUCCACGUGAAUAAGGCUCAACGCACAAGAGCAAGGUUUUUUUUAUAGAUUCAAAUCAAGUUCAACAGAAACAGAAGAAACAGCCGCCCGACUGGUUUGAGGACACAUGUAACAGUGACUUCACAGGAAUUUUUUUUCUACCUGCGAGCACAAUGACCUGGAGCAAAGGGGUGGGGCUAUCCCUGUGAGAGCAUGCAGGGUGGUAGUAUUUCUUUACAGUGCUUCCUCUCACUUCCUGAUCCCUGCAACAAAUAUGUGGAGGGACAAACACAGAACAACCUGUUGGCAUUCUCUGGACCUGUGAAAUAUUACCCAGCAGCAAAGGUGAGACUGUGAUGACUCUGAAGUGACUGUCUGUGUUUGUUGUCAGAACUGAAGGUGGCUGGUUGAACCAUAGGGAGAGACUGUGCAGUGCUGUAAACAUCAGGUAUCGACUGUAGCAGAAGAAGUCAGAUCCCAGACAGAGUGCACCAGCAGCACAGACUGUGAAUGCUGCAGAUUUCGGUUUCACUUGUUGUCACCAUGUCGUAGGUUGAGAUUAAUCAGAGCGGGUGGAGCCAGAAUAAUAUUAACAAGAAUAUAGAUUUUCAGUUGAUUGAGACACGUUUUUCACCAGCUUAGUCAGGAGCACCUACUUAUUACCCUGGGAGAUUAUUUGCCCGUCGCUGGUGUAAAGUAUGUUUCUAUUGAAGUAUCUGACCGGGCUCCUGCUGAUAGCUGCUCAGCUAUGUGAAGCCGCUCACAUAUGUGACAAAUUGACCAAACUCAAUGUGGGCCACGCGUUCCUUGGCACCAGCGUCCAGGUGAAGUUGCGGCUGUUCACCAGAGAGAACACCACCUGCGGCACGCUCCUGUCCGACACCGACCUGUCGGCCCAUCCCCAGUUCAACCUGUCCCGAUCCACCACCUUCAUCGUUCACGGGUACCGGCCCACGGGGUCUAUCCCUCGGUGGCUGGACGACACUGUGGAGCUGCUGCUGGCCAAGACAGACACCAACGCCAUAGUGGUGGACUGGAACCACGGAGCCACCAACCUGAACUAUUUCAAGGUGGCGGAGAACACACGGAAGACAGCGGGCUACCUCGCCGCGUUCAUCGAAAGGAUGCAGGAGCACGGUGCCUCUCUGAGCUCCAUCCACAUGAUCGGAGUCAGUCUCGGAGCUCAUGUAUCCGGUUUCGUAGGCGCCCAACUGAACGGCGCGAUUGGAAGAAUUACAGCUCUGGAUCCGGCCGGGCCUGACUUCACUGGAACUGCACCAGAGCAGCGACUGGACCCCACAGAUGCCCAGUUUGUUGACGUCCUGCACACGGAUAUCGAUUCUCUGGGCUACAGGGAGCCUUUGGGUCACAUUGAUUUUUAUCCAAACGGAGGAUCAGACCAACCCGGCUGCCCAAAGACCGUCUUCUCUGGAAGUGCUUAUUUCAAAUGCGACCACCAGAGAUCAAUGUACCUCUUCCUCGCCUCGGUGAAUCAGAAGUGUCUCAUCAGGGCGUUCCCUUGCUCGUCUUACAGCGACUUCCUGGACGGAAGGUGCCUGAGCUGUGAGCAGUUUGGUGCGGCCGGAUGUCCCGUCUUUGGCUAUGACGUCACGCAGUGGAAAGACAGCCUGGUGAGACUGAAACAAACCAAAGUGUUCUUCACAACUAAUCCAGAGCUUCCAUUCUGCACUACAGGCUACACAGUGGAUGUGGUGAUAUGGAACACCGAUAUUCAGAGUAGAUACAUGACCAUUAAACUUCAUCAUAAUGGUACAGAAGCAGUGGCGACCGUUGACCAUAAAUCCUCGAAGUUUGAGAAGUACACAGAGACCAAGUUGUUCGCCCAGUUUGACAAAGACAUUGAGUCAGUGGACAAAAUGUCCGUCAAGUUCUCCUCUGGGAUCGGGCUCAAGCCCAAACAUAAUCUUCGUGUUCUGCGAAUCCGUCUCACACAUGUGGAGCUCAAGAAAACGGCUCUCUGUCGAUAUGACCUCCUCCUUGAGGAGAACACGGAGGUCACCUUCAGGCCAAUUCCCUGCGAAGAAUCCAACUUCUGAGGCAAAAUCAGACCUCAGACCAGAUUGUAAAACGUUACUGUUUGUCCUGAGAGGUUCAGCUGCCUUCCACAGGAAAACAAGGACUUAGAAAAAAAAAUCACAUGGACCCAGCAGCCAAAUAUUUACUGACAAAAUAGAUUGUGAUAGAUCAGUGUAUAUACUGUACAUGUGUUUUUAAAGAGAAAAUAUAUAUGUUUAUAUGUGUUUUUGUCUGGGAAAAGGACUAUAUUUGACUUUCACUAAUAAAUGUUCACACGUUGAAAUAUUCAUAUCAAAUGACCUGUGAUGAAAAGUUCUGAGCCAUUUUAAACAUUUCACGUUGCUUCCAACAACAUAUUUAUUUGUGUAAAUGAGAAUUUUUAAUAAACAAAAAUAUUCAGUCCUUUUGGCCAUUCAGCAGUCUCCCAAAAAGUAAAUAAAAUGUUAUAAGUAA